UGUUACACCUUUGCUAAUUCAUUUCAAGCUAAUUUUUUACGUUGUUUCCUUUUUUUUUUUAGUGUUGAAUUCACCACUAAAUCCGAGGGAAAUGAAAAGCCCGGCGCCAAAUCUAAAGCGUGUUUAUAGAAACACACACACGCUGAUGUCCGAGGGAAGUUUAAAGAGUGGAGAAGUCUUCAACACCUGCACCAUUCGAACACACGCAGGUCAAAAAAAUGACAUGAUUUCCAAGCUCUGAUUUCGGAGGAUAAAGAUGGGGCUGAACUCGGAGCAGGUGGCUCUCACAGGCCUGAUGUUUGAGUCCUACGUGACUGAGCACCACAGGAACGACAUCCUUCAAAUCCUGCAGGAACCUGAUGAAGAUGCUCAUUACUCGCUCGUAGUAAACGCUAUGACCUUAUUUGAAGCUAACAUGGAGGUGGGCGAGUAUUUCAACGCUUUCCCCAGCCAGGUGUUGCCCAUAUUCGAUAACGGUCUUCACGCUGCCGCACUUGCCAUCUCUCAGUCCGAGCCGCUGCAGAGCAUGUUAAGACUGAAACGCAACCUGCACGUCCGUGUCUCAGGUUUGCCCGUGUGCCCUGAGAUGACCAGAGAGCACAUCCCUAAGGCCCGGGACGUGGGCCACUUCCUGUCCGUCACCGGCACCGUCAUCCGCACCAGUGCCACCAAAGUGCUGGAGUACCAGCGGGACUACAUGUGCAAUAAAUGCAGGCACGUGUUCUCGGUGCAGGCUGACUUUGAGCAGUACUACAGCUUCACUCCGCCCAGCCGCUGUCCCAACGACGAGGAGUGCAGCUCCUUUAAAUUCACCUGCCUCGCCGAGACAGACGCGCCACCGGCAUCCUGCAGAGACUACCAGGAGAUCAAGAUCCAGGAGCAGGUGCAGAGACUCUCCGUGGGCAGCAUCCCUCGCUCCAUGCUGGUCAUUUUAGAAGACGAUCUGGUAGACGGCUGCAAAUCAGGAGAUGAUGUGACGGUGUACGGGGUGGUGUGGCAGCGCUGGAAGCCGCUGUACCAGGACUCUCGCUGCGACGUGGAGAUCGUACUGAAGGCCAACUACAUCGAAAUCAACAACGAUCAAUCCACAGCAGCGGUUGCGCUAGAGGACUUCCAGAAGGAGUUUGAGGAGUUCUGGGAACUUCACAAGAACAACCGUAUAGCAGGCAGGAAUCAGAUUCUGAUGAGUCUGUGCCCCCAGGUGUUUGGGAUGUAUGUGGUAAAGUUGGCUGUAGCCUUGGUUUUGGCAGGUGGAGUGCAGCGUGUCGAUGCCUCGGGAACGAAGGUGAGAGGUGAGUCUCACCUCUUGCUGGUGGGCGACCCAGGUACCGGGAAAUCCCAGUUUCUGAAGUACGCAACAAAAAUCACGCCACGCUCGGUCCUCACUGCUGGCAUCGGGUCCACUAAUGCAGGUCUGACCGUAGCAGCAGUCAAGGACUCCGGAGAGUGGCACCUGGAGGCAGGAGCGCUGGUUCUCUCUGAUGGAGGUCUGUGCUGCAUAGAUGAGUUCAACAGCAUUAAGGAACACGACCGCACCAGCAUCCAUGAGGCCAUGGAGCAGCAGACCAUCAGCGUGGCUAAAGCUGGAAUGGUGUGUAAACUGGACACGCGGACGACGAUUCUUGCCGCCACCAACCCAAAGGGCCAGUACGACCCCAAUGUGUCAGUGUCUGUGAACGUCGCCCUGGCCAGUCCUCUUCUCAGCCGCUUCGACCUGGUUCUCGUCCUGCUGGACACCAAGAACCCGGAGUGGGACAAAAUCAUCUCCUCGUUUAUCCUCCAGAAUAAAGGUGUUCCGAGUCAGUCUUCAUCAUUAUGGAGUAUGGAGAAGAUGAGGGCGUACUUCUGUGUGAUAAAGAGGCUGCAGCCGCGGAUCACUCCGGACGCCAACUCCAUCCUGGUUCGCUACUACCAGCUACAGAGACAGAGCGACAGCCGGAACGCUGCACGCACCACCAUCCGCAUGCUGGAGAGCCUGGGCCGUCUCGCAGAAGCUCAUGCCAAGCUAAUGUUCAGAGAGACGGUGACGGUGGAGGAUGCAGUAGUGGUGGUGUCUGUAAUGGAGUGCUCCAUGCAGGGUGGUGCUCUGCUCGGGAAUGUAAACGCUCUGCACACGUCCUUCCCUGACGACCCAGGGGAGCAGUACAGAAGCCAGUGUGAGAUUGUGCUGGAGGGUUUGGGCCUGACUCACAUCCUCAACAAGGAGCUGCGGAGGCUCUCAGGGAAACAGGACGGCUCUGGUGAGUCGUCUGGAGGUAAGCAGCCGUGUGUCGUGGGUGGAGAGAGCAUGAACAGUGAAGAGACGUCUGCCUCUGACCCCGGCCUCGACUGGUUUCACAGCUUAACCACUCCGGUUAAGGGGAAUCCAGCAUUCCCAGCGUCUCCCAUUCAUUCCUCUACACAGCACCACACAGUUAACACAUCGUGUCCUGGUGUGUUGCCUAGCAACAGUGGCUCGGGGCACGGCGAGGGCUCGGCGUGGGAGAAGCAGACCGACAAAGACAGCGGUUCAGUGUUGCAAAAAAUUUCCAAAAAUCUCAGGAACAAACGAUUGAAAGGGAUGAGCACAGAGUGCUCAGGGAACGAAGAACAGAGUACUGUGGAUGAAAGAUUAAAUACAGAGCAGGCUUCUUCUCCACGCACGCUCCCGUCACACAGCACACCCAUGGUGGACAGGAAACGAGCUUUUAAAAGAAAAGCCGCAUCUUUUAGUCCACCUGUGAUGGAGUGCGAAGACAGACAGGUCGACCUGUCGAGCUUCACCUUCAGACCCAGGAAGAGAAUGACGCACACAAAUCAGGCCAGUGGUUCACAAACAAAACAAAAUGAAAAUCAGUGCUCUGAGCAGCCAGCAGAGGGCAGCAGUGCACGUAAGAAGCUUAGAGCGCGAGUCCAGGCUGAAGCCGGCGAGAUUCCUCCCUCUGAGGAGUCACGACAGGAAACCAGAACAGCUGACGACGCAAAACACAAGCGUCAGCAGAUCGUCCACAGCCUGAGCUCGACAACUCUGAACGAGACCGCUUCCUCCGCUCAGCCACGCCAACCAAGGACUACAGUGGCUUCCUCCACCCUGGCCAAGCUCUCCUUGUUCUCUUUUGUUCCCUCUCCUGAAGAAAAGACCAGCCAGAAUCUCACCACAGAAUCUCCAACACCAGAGACAAACACAACGGUUUCCAAGGACGCCGUCAUGGAAAAAAAUGCCAGCGCAGCAGCAGCGAUCGUGCACACGAAGCAACAAAGCUUGACGAAUUCAGCAACAGAGACGAGUAGGCCACAUGCAAGGACGGAGACGCGUGAGGAACAAUCAGCGAGCUCCAGGCAGAGGAAGUGCUUUGAGUUGAGCUCAGCACGACCCGGAGGUCUUUUCUCCGGUCUCUCCUUUUUCAGCUCCUCUGUUGUAGAUGAUGAAGCUCUCGAUGUGGACUGGUAGGAGGAGUCCAGGAAGAUAGUGAACCUAUAGGUUCAUAAAUAUUAUAUAUAUUCUGUUUAUAAAGCUGCAUUAAGGGAAUACUCGAGUAGUAUUAAGUCAAGUCUCUAUACAGUACAUGUAGGUUAUAUUUUAUCACCAUGACCUACACGUUCUUCUGUCCAGAGAAAAGGAACAAAAACCUUAACUUAAAAGUUUGUUAUAUGUGAUGUCAUCAGAGUAGAGUGUAAAUAAAAAUGUAUGAUACUGGACAAUUUAAUGCAAAUGUAAAAAUUAUAGCUCACACCCCACGAUGAAAUGGACAGUAGAAAAAAGUUUUAGGUAGGAAUUUAUUCAGGUUAAAGCAUUUUAAUCAGAGUGCUAUCAAAGUUUUUUUUCCCCCCUGGUGUUUUUCCAGACCCACAUAUUUGUGCAUUAACACAGAUUCUCAUCAUCCUUAUUCCUCAUUCACUCGACGCUCUCACCAGUAAACUUCAUAGUCUUCAAGUAUGUGUUACAAACAUAAUGCCACACAAAAAUGUUUAGUGCCCCGACAGCUGCCCUUAGCCAGCUGUUCUACACGGGUUUGGUGCAACACAGUACAAAAAAACGGUGUACACUCUUUCCCCUGGUAAUCACACAUGCACUACAGAUGCUGUGAACAGAAAGAUCAUUAAUCACACUUGUUAUUAAGAAUAGUAGAUAUAUACUUUUUCUCAUGAUGUAAUAUCACAUGUUGUGGAAUAAUGUGCAAAGAAAAGCUGCUUGG